AUGUCAUCAUUCUGUGUGUGCCCCUCGUAUGACAUCAUCGUGUGUCUUGUGAUGUGUGUUGGGUGGGCCAUAGGUUGUGGAGGUACGUACUGCAUCCCAGGUGCACCAGGAGAGCCUGGAGCGGAUGGAGAUCAAGGUCCUCCUGGAUCUGCAGGGUUCCCAGGUAGCAAAGGACGUGAUGGUGAUUGUGAUUGUGAGCUCCCCCCGCCUUCAAAGGGAGACCCUGGCCCCAUGGGGGUUCCGGGAUUGCCAGGUUUACCAGGACUUUCUGGGGCACCAGGCCUUAGGGGCAACAUUGGUUUUCCCGGAGACAUGGGAAGAAGUGGGGCAGACGGCUUCCCAGGAUUUGCAGGUGUCCGGGGUCCAAAAGGUCAGAAAGGUGACUUCUAUCUAUGUAUUAAAGGUGUGAAGGGAUACAUCGGCCCCCUGGGGCCGGCUGGUCGUCCAGGCUUCACUGGGAGGAGGGGAGACGAAGGGAAGCCGGGUCCACCUGGUGACACCGGCCCAGAGGGUGACAGUUACUCAGGAUUCCCCGGUGAGAGAGGGUAUCCAGGUUAUGACGGACCAAAGGGGCUUGCUGGACCCGUCGGCCCCCCAGGACCUGAUGUGAUUGGGGCAGUGGGGGAACGGGGACUCCCAGGCGACCAGGGACCUCCAGGAUUCAGGGGACCUCUUGGGCUCAAAGGAGUAAGGGGUGACACCCUACCCUGCAUACCCAGUAACCCUGGUGCCCCAGGACAGAAAGGCGAUGCCGGAAGCCCAGGGCUGAACGGAGAGUCAGGACCCCCAGGGUAUCUUGGAGCUUUGGGCCCAGACGGGAUGAAGGGAGAGAAAGGAGACUUUGGGCUGUCUGGACCACCUGGACCCAUAGGCUCGGUGGGGUGUGUUGGAGACUCUGGAGAGGAUGGUGCUGAGGGUCUGAGCUACGACGGAGCUGCCGGCUCUCCUGGCUUCCGAGGGUGUCCAGGACUGAAGGGCCCAUUUGGGGACUCAGUCCCCGGCGCUCCAGGACCUAUGGGCCUCAAGGGGGUAGUGGGGCUGUCGGGGCCCAAAGGAGUGCCAGGUCCACCCGGUCCAAUCGGAUUAACAGGUGCUGCGGGGCUUCCUGCUACACUGGGAAGGAAGGGGGGGCAGGGAGAGAGUGGUGCCACGGGCAGAUAUGGGGCCCCGGGGCCCUCCCCUGUACAGUGUGAAGAGGGGGCCUCAGGCCUUCGAGGACCCAUGGGGCUAAUAGGGGACAUAGGCCCUCCAGGUUGCUCAGGCGAGAAAGGUGAUAACGGAGAGGAGGGUCUGUCCGGCACGGGUCCUAAAGGAGCUGCAGGGAAACCGGGCCCUCCAGGGUUUCCUGGGUACUGUGGAGCCCAGGGCCCCAUGGGGCCAUUAGGGGACCCUGGCAUACCCGGGGCCCAAGGGCAGAAAGGUCUAAUAGGGGUACCUGGUAGGGAUGGGUCAGUGGGUGGUCCAGGGAGUAGUGGAACACUAGGACCCCCGGGAAGGAAAGGAGAGAGGGGUUUCGACGGUCAACGAGGCUUACCAGGAGAUGAGGGCCUGAAAGGAGAAAAGGGUAGAAAAGGUUCCCCCGGAGCCCAAGGAGUCACCAACUUCAUUUCUAUCAAAGGACGAACAGGAGCUCCUGGAGCCCCAGGUCCUGAUGGCUUCACUGGUCCAAGAGGUGACAAGGGUCCUGUGGGAGGCAGUGGUCUAUCAGGGUACCCGGGGCUUGUGGGGGUGGCUGGCAUAGAGGCUGGGCCUCGAGGACCACCUGGUACCUGUGGACACUCAGGUGAACCUGGACUACCUGGCCUGCCUGGACAGAGGGGUAUCAUAGGUUUCCCUGGAGAGAUUGGUGAUCAGGGUGAAUCUGGGUGUACUGGAUCUCCUGGCACACCUGGCAUCCCAGGGUACAGUGGUCUUAAAGGUGAACGGGGCGACUCCAUUGGCAUCCCUGGACCGGCUGGUGAUAGAGGAGCUACAGGAGACACUGGCGCAUUUGCCCCACCGGGUGACCAAGGUGAUGUAGGUGAACCAGGAUUUUCAGGAGCUCCAGGACCUAAAGGGUUAACUGGUCCGCAAGGAUCCAUCGGACCUCCAGGGCCUGCAGGUGUGAUCGGACCCACAGGCCCGAGUGGUAAACCUGGGGCUGAUGGUCUCCCAGGGACCCCUGGACAGACUGGGCCCAAGGGAGACCAAGGACCCCUUGGACUCAAAGGUCCACCUGGACCACUGGGUUUGCAUGGACUGGACGGACUGAAGGGUGUGAAGGGCGAGGUUGGGGCCAGAGGCCCAGGUGUGCCCGGUCCCCCUGGUGCUCCAGGCUAUACAGGAGAGAAGGGUUCCAGAGGUGGUCAAGGGGCUCAGGGGCCCUCCCAGCCAGGACCUCUGGGCCCCAAGGGCCAGUCUGGACUAACAGGAAGCCCAGGAACCACAGGUGCCUCCGGUCUACCAGGCAUGGACUGUAAGGAGCCCAUGCCCGGCCACUGUGGGGAGACAGGCUUCCCUGGACGCGACGGACCACCAGGGCCACGAGGUGAAAUUGGGUACUCAGGCCCUGCCCUGCCCAUGAUCGGUGAAGAGGGGGACAACGGUGUGCCCGGCUUACCAGGGCUCAAAGGGGACAAGGGGGCUUCAGGCCCCUCCGGGCUGCCUGGCAUCGCAGGGUUACCUGGGCCUAAAGGUGAGAGAGGAGCUUCGGGGAUGAUGGGGGUCCCAGGACACCCCGGUUCCACAGGAACAUGUGGCCCCCCAGGACCCAAAGGAACCAAGGGACUGCAAGGAGAUGCAGGUCCGAAAGGAGAAAAAGGGUAUGUGAUCAAUCCAUUGAUAAUCCCACCUCCUCCCGGACCCGUAGGCGGACCCGGUCAACCAGGCCUUCCUGGCUUCACUGGCGGCCCGGGACCCAAUGGUUUUGAGGGACAGAAAGGGAGAAGUGGCCAGAUGGGGUCACCAGGAUUCCCGGGGCCCGAUGGCCUCCCAGGAGCAGACGGGGACCCAGGGGACAGCGGGGUACAGGGGGAGAGGGGGGCAUUGGGACCACAGGUCAUCGUAGGCGCCCCAGGCCCUUCGGGAGAUGCCGGCAGCCCAGGCCCCACCACCACCUUUAACUCUGGCUUCCUGUUGGUGAUGCACAGCCAAUCAGACACGCUCCCUUCCUGUCCAGCAGACAUGACACAACUGUGGACUGGCUAUAGUCUGCUGUACCUGGAGGGCCAAGAGAAAGCCCACACACAGGACCUCGGUCAGGCCGGGUCAUGUAUGCGUCUCUUCAGCACCAUGCCUUUCUCCUACUGUAACAUGGGCACGUGUGACUACGCCAGCCGCAAUGACAAGUCCUACUGGCUGUCCACCACAGCGGCAGUGCCCAUGAUGCCCGUGGCGGGCCAGGACAUCCAACAGCACAUCAGCCGCUGCGUGGUGUGUGAGGCCCCCUCCCCUGCUGUGGCAGUUCACAACCAGGACAACAGCAACCCCUUCUGUCCCCCCAAUUGGAGGAGUCUGUGGGUGGGAUACUCCUUCCUCAUGCACACAGGGGCCGGUGAUGAGGGUGGUGGCCAGUCUCUGACAUCAUCAGGAAGCUGCCUGAGGGACUUCCGUGCCCAGCCGUUCGUGGAAUGCCAGGGCCCGCGGGGAACGUGCCACUAUUUCGCCAACAUCUACAGCUUCUGGUUGACCCGGGUGGACGCCGAUGGACCGCUUAGCCCCUCAACUUCACAGGGCACGCUCAAAGAGGAGUGGCAACAGCGCCUCAACGUAGGCCGGUGCAACGUGUGUAUGAAGAAGUGAGGCCACCCUUCUUCUGGGCCCGGCCACAAGCACCGGCGCCAAAAUCUCCGACCCACCGCAUCCCACGAGUGUAUUGAAAAUGCACACUCAUUGGUUACCUGAGAGGCAGUAAUGACACUCCCCAUUAGUCACCAGAGAGGCUGUGACUACACUGGUUGUUUACCUGAAAGUCUGUGAAUAAUAUUUACAUUGACACGCGCUCUCUCUUAACUUGUUUUAUGCAAGUUCAUACCAAUGAACAUACAGUACUUGAUCAACUAUCCUUUGGAUUUUUUUCAGCUGAAUUAUUUUCAGUUCUAGCUUUUUAGAUUAGUAACUUUUUUCUCCUGAAAUCUGUAACUUGGCUCAAAGCUCUUAAUUUGUGUAUUAUGUUUCCAGGUUUGAGUACCUAAUAUCACGGGGCAGAUUAUCUUUCGCUCCAGACUCCCAAGUCAACAACAGAGUGGCUUCAAGCAUCAGUGUGGCUCAUCAGACACUCAGCUUCAGAAAACUAAUGUCCUCAAUUAGGCAAUUAAUUGUUACUAUGUUUUUACGUACAACAGUGGUCCUCACACUCUUGGAAGCUGGGACCCUCCCAAAGCCUAUGACAUUUUCUUGUCAUCCACCAAAGCCACAGUUGUGUUUAUUAGGGCUUGCAACAGAAAACAUUUUAAAGUAGAACGUUCCGUUUUCAUCUCUUUGGUGCCUAAUGAACACGACUCAGUUAGGCCUUGAUUCAAUCAGAUCAAGCGCUAACCCGCAUUGGUAGACAUCCCCAUAGUGGAUGUUUUGCCGGUGUAACUGCAGUAUGAGCUGACAAAUCUUGUGUGUCACAACCCAAUUCCUUCCUUAUUAUCCCUGCCGCAUUAGAAGUUCAAACUGGCUAAAGUUCAUUUGGAUGGGGGUAUUUAACCUCUCAAUCUAAUUGAGGUGUAGACCAUAGUACGUCACGCAUUCUAGUAUUUGAACUAACACGGCUGCAUGAAUUUCUAACGCAACUGCAUGGGAUUUGUCGGAUUAUAAAUUUGGGUGGUUUCAUUGCAUCAAAUGGCACUGUCUGCGAUAAGCUAAUGCAAGAAGCCGCUUGUGGAUUUGACAGCUUUAACUCAGUUCAGUCACAGCCAAAACAAUCGCAAUGCCGGUGUCCGCUAGCGCGGAGGGAUCUAACAACCAAAAUGAGUUAUACUGACAACCUGUUAAACUGCUUUUUUAACAGACCCUAUCAAAAUAAUGUAUCCAAGCCAAAAAGGUCUGUGCACUGUUCACCAAAGCGUAAUGUGUAAACAUUGUUACAACCCCAUUUUUUUUAUCCACUUGAAGGAGAAAUGAGGGGGAACACUUGAAGAAUCCCAUACAGAUAUACUGUUUGACACAGAUCUGACGCUGGUGCUUUUGUUUGUUACUUACAGUAGGCUAUGUGACUAUCUGUAAUUUUGUUAUUUUGACAGUGUUGAAAGAUGGUUGUAUGUCUUGUUAUAUAGAUUCUUAAGCAGACAUUAAGAUACAAUUCGAUUUUAAUUAUAAAUGUAGAAGAUAAAAUAUACACCAUCUUAAUGUCCUUCUAUUUUGAUAUUUUAUAGUACCUUGGUAUCAUGUCCACAUCAUCUGAAACACUAGCACAAUACCACCUUCUUUGUAGGCUAUGGACUGCAACAUGUCACAGUUAUCUCCCCCUCUCCUUCCCUUUGGUAGACAGCACACACUUCUAUGGGUCCAGCAAGACUGUCCAUUACCACUGAACCUUAUUAUUGUCCAUCUUUAUUAUAAGUGCCUGUCACUCACCUGUCUGUACCACCCCCUACCGCAGUUUGUUGAUAGAUGGUUUAUUGCUGUCUGUAGUUCACCUACUGUGUUCACCUCAAGCAUGCAAUUCACUCACUUAGCCAUUCUCUUAUACCUGAAUACGCAUUAAUACCUUAUCCAAUGAAUUGUUUUAUUUAAUUUUCUGUUGUUUAGAACUGUAUAGUGCUAAAAGCAGUAUAGUAUCUACUUCAUUAUCUGUAUAACUUGUUGAACCAUGCUUUAGUUUAGAUGGUACACGUUUAUAGAAACAAGGGGUCUGUUCCUUCAGUUCAGUUCAGUCCUCUCAUUAUUGGGCCUCCUCGUCAUUUAAUUGGGCUUCCUUUCACUUGGUCUUUAUAAAGAACUCUGUAAAAUAACUUAAGACCCAAACAUUGGUUGUCGAGGUAAUGGCACCAGUCGUUAAAAUGACUUCACCAUUUUUAAAAGCACUGGUCUUUUCUUGCACACUGCAGGAUUCCUUACACCGAUCUACUACGUCAUGUCUGAACAUUCAGCCUCUUGAGUCUUGACUUCAACACACUACCCAAACUAACACAAGUAAUUAAGCCUUGCUAACACACACACAGACAAACACACUCAGUAUUCAGUACACUUCAUAUUAAUGUGUAUAACAGUGUGUAAGGCUGGAAUUUGCAACAGUCUUUAAAUGUUUCCCUGUA